GUCGUCUUAAUUUUGUAAAGUCAUUGCACUAGAGUAUAUAUUUUUAAAUCAUUCUUUUUAUCGCUUUUUUUUUUAAUUAUUUUGAAAUUUCAUAAUAAUAAUUAAAUAGUUUUUCUUAUGUGAGUGUGAAAUUAUAUGAUACUAAAAUCAAUGUAUAUAACAAAUAACAUAUUUUGUAAUUCCGAUAUCUUUAGAUUAAAUACAUAUUGAAAUAAGUCACGUUUCAUAUUAAGUCACGUUUAAAUCACGUUUUAGUUUGAUAUUCUUGGAUUUUUUUACUGGAGUAUGUGUCGAUAUGCAGGGUUAUCCUAUUGACCCAAAACAUGGUGAGACAAAGAUAAAAGAAGAUGUAAGUAAGAAUCACGUUUUCAACAUGCUCAGUAUCUUUGUAACAGUAAAGGAAGCAUUAAGAAAACAUUUUUGUUCAGUUUUGUCUUAUAUCAAGAACUAGUUCACUUUAUUGCAAUUUAAAAUCUUUUCAUUUUUAAACUUCUAAUAGCUUCUAAUAACUUUUAAUAAACUUCUAAUAGUAUGGAAGCUUUUGGAACUUAUCCUGUUUUAAAGUCUUUUCUUGUGGGAUCACUGUCUGGUAUAUUUUCAACUAUUUUAUUUCAACCAUUGGAUCUUGUUAAAACCAGACUCCAAAGCAAAGUAAAUAUGCAUCUUGAUACUCCAAAAAGUGGUACUUUAGGCAUAGUAAUUCAUAUAAUCAAGAAUGAAAAUGUGUUUGGACUCUGGAAGGGUAUAACACCAACCAUUACUAGAGUUGUACCUGGUGUUGGAUUGUAUUUUUCAACAUUACAUUGGUUAAAGCACACAUUGCAUCUAAAAGAUCCACUUACAUCUACAGAAGCUUUGUUAUUAGGUGUUACUGCAAGGUCUAUGUCUGGAGUUUUAUUAAUUCCAAUAACAGUAGUAAAAACACGUUUUGAAAGUGAAGUUUAUAAAUAUAAUAGCGUAGCAGAAGCAUUAAGAUUAAUUUACAAGCAGGAAGGAGUAAGAGGUCUUUCAAGAGGGUUAAUACCAACGUUAUUAAGAGAUGCUCCUUAUAGUGGCAUUUAUCUCACGUUUUAUACUCAAUUAAAAAGUAUUUUUACGGAAGCAGAUGUGCCCUACGCCAAAUCGUCAGCUGCGAUUCAUUUUAGUUGUGGAAUAUUAGCAGGAAUAUUUGCUUCCACUGUAACACAACCUGCCGAUGUAAUCAAGACAAAAAUGCAAUUAUAUCCCAACGAAUUUAGAGACGUUCGUAAUGCAGCUUUCAGGAUUUAUAAAAAAUAUGGUGUAUUAGGAUAUUUUAAAGGCAUUGUUCCACGAAUGUUGAGAAGGACAUUAGUGACUGCAAUGGCUUGGACCGUAUACGAAGAGGUUACAAAAUUUAUAGGGCUUAAAUAAAAUUGUUUCUAUUUAAUAAUAUAAUUUUUUGGUGUUUGUUGACAUCAAAUUUAAAGAAAGUCAAUAAUUUACGCAUGAUGGAACCAAAGUCAUUCAGCCAAUACAAAUAUUUACACUUGAUAUACAGUAUUUUAGUUUUGUACAAAGAUAAUUUGAUUGCUGCGAACAAUUGUAUUAUAGCAAAUAUCACUACUAUGUACAGUAUUCAGGUAGAAUAUCCUAUCGCUCAAUAAUGUGUUAUUCCUGUAUAUAUUUUUAUUUAAUAAAUUUUAUAAUUUGAUGUUAGAAA